ACUCGCAAGCGGAGCCGCCGAAAUGGCCACCGUCGUUCCCGAGUGCUGCCGCUGCUGCCUGACCGAGGACGAACGCGACCUGAUCUUCGUGUUUGACGUGCUGGAUGAGUUUGAGAGCCGCAUUUGCGACCUGAUUGAAACGUGCGGCGGCAUCGAGAUUACGGAGGACGACGCCUACUCCAAGAGCAUCUGCGGCAACUGCCUCAACGAUCUGGCCAACGCGGCCCGCUUCCGGGACCGGUGCGCCAAGACGGAACAGGUGCUGCAGAACGCAUCGAUUACGGUGGUCGAGGACGACGACGAUGUGGUGUUCGAGCAGGAGCAGGACCAGCUGGACACGGCCGGGCUGGUAAAGCUCGAGGAGGAAGACGGUGACACGCAGGACAGCGGCGAGCCGAGAAUUCAGUUCAUCAUCGCCGACGAUCCGAACGAUCCCGAGCUGGCCAAGUUCGACUACGACGAGCUGAUCAGCAGCCAGGACAGUGAACUGCUGCCGGAUGACUUUGAGGUGGUCAAAACCAAAGAGAAAAAUGUUGAAAAGGUGGUUCAACCCCGGCCACUACAGCUGAACUUUGUCUGUCCGGAAUGCGGAGCGGGCUUCGCGAUGCAGAAGAAUCUGGUCAAACAUUUGGCCAGUCACCACAGCUUCGUGUGCGGAGUUUGCCUCAAGACGUUCGAGAACGAUUCCGCACUGCAGACUCACUUGGCUCAAAGUCACGACGACAACAGCCCACCAACAGACAAUCCAAAGAAGAAACACUUGUGCGAGUUUUGCCGGAAGGCGUUCGUGUCCAACUCUGCGCUCACGGCUCACAUCCGCGUCCACACGAAGGAGCGCCCCUUUCCGUGCAGCUUUUGCACAAAACGGUUCCGCACCGUCGGAGCGCUGGAGCUGCACGAACGACGCCACAACGGAAUCAAGCCGUACAAGUGCGACAUCUGCGGGCGUGGCUUCGCCGAGUCGAGCAAUCUCAAGGUGCACCACCAAACGCACACCAAAGAAAAGCCCCACGUUUGUACCGUCUGCAAUCGGGCCUUUGCGCGGGUCUUCCUGUUGAAGAUUCACCAGCGAACGCACACCGGAGAGCGGCCCUUCGCCUGCCAGGAUUGCGGGAAGUGUUUUUCGCAGCAGGGAGAUUUGGCCGCGCAUCGGAGGAUUCACAGCGGUGAUCGGCCCCACGCGUGUGACCUUUGCGGGCGCACCUUUAUCAAGAGCAGUGGCCUGCUUCAGCAUCGCAAGAGGCACAAGCUGGCGCUGGGUGGAGAAGCGCUGAACGGCGUGGAGGAACUCAUUGUCGGGGAGUUUGACGGGGUUCAGGUAGAAGACGGGCACGGUGAGGAGGACGAGAGUGGGGACGGUGAGGAGGUGUUGGGUUUAGUGCAGUGCCGACUGCAGCUUGGAAUCGGUCACGCCCGUCCCCAUCGGGAUCUCGACGCCGUCCGGUCCGACGUAGGCGCCGGCCGGGUUGGGUUGCGUUUUGCCGACACCCUUGCAGCUGUGCAUGUUGUCCGGGAGUUUCUGCACGUACCGGGCCUGGUUCAGCUCCAUCAUGUUACCGAGGGCCACCUCGCACAGCAGCAUCAAACCGGUCGAGUUGGCCGGCGAGGUUGCGCAGUAGUUGGCGGAUUUGGACACCAUGUCGGCGAAGUAGAUACCCUUGCCGAACAUGUACCCGGUGACGGGGGCCUCCGGCGGGGCGAUCUUGAGACCGUGCGUGAGAAUACCGACAAAGUUGGUAAGACGCGAUCCGUGCCAGAGGAGUUUGCGGUUGUGCAGCUUGCGGAACGGUUUGUAGCGACGCUCUUCGCCCUUGCGGCGGAUUUUGAAGAUUUCGGACACUUCCAGGUCGAACUGGUUGUGGGUGGCGGCGUGCGUGUUCUUGACGUACUGGGCCAGGCGCUUGAAUUCGUCGGACUUUUGGUCCAGCGUUUGCAUCUCCGUCUUGAGCUGCUCGUAGUGGCCGUCGAGCGGAUUUUUGGUUUCGUCCGUGUCGGCGUUCAGCAGACUGUACGCGAUCUCGAUCUCCAUCAGGCUUUCGAGCAUGGUUUGCUUUUCCUUGAUCUGCUCGACGGUGUCGAGAACGGUCGGCGUUUGGACGCCAAAGUUGUGUGGAAUGAACGUGUAGAAGCGGUUGGAGGCGUCGAUGAACUGCGGGUUGGAUCCACCGUUGGCGAUCAGAGUGGGGGCUUCUCGCGCUUGAUCUUCGGCUCUGUCAGCUCUUCCUCCUUCUUGACCUUCUUCAUCGUGGUGCUCAGACUCGGUGGGACGUACUUGAUGACCCGAUCGCUCACCACCGAUUUGUACUUGGCCAAGAAGCGAAACUGUAGCUUGAUCUCGUCCGGAAUUAUGGCCGGAACGCGCGCUGGUUUGGCCUCCGCCGUCAGGCACUUGACCCACUCGGUGAGGUUGCCCUCACAAAUGCAGCGGCCGGUGGACGGCCAUUUUCCCGUCGGCCCGGAACUCCACGACCAGCAGCCAUCGCGCAACGGCCAGCAGCACCGAUCAACUGGCCCCGUACAUGGUGUCCCCGCACUUCCCGGUGAUCAACAACCGAUCGCGAUGUUCCACGGAUUGGCAUCCAUCGGCCCGGGUCCGGCUCAAGCGGCAUCGUACGGCAACGUCCAUCCGGGAGGCCCCUGUCAUCACGCCCCAAGUCCCGGACAACCCAUGCUCUCCCUCGACCAGAUGAUGCUCCGCUGUUCGUCGAUGAUGGACCUCCUGGUCCAGCAGCAGCAGCAUCUCCAGCAAGCUCUAUCAACAAUGGCGGCCGCGCCAUUUUCCUCGCUCCGUUCUAUUAUCAAGAUGUGCCCCGUGUCGUCCGUACCAUCCGAGAACGAUCGAUCGCAUCUGAGGGCACAUACCAUCGACACAUCCACCUCGCUAGCAAGUCCGGCUCAACCAACGCGAGACCUUGAAGCUGCCGAGCACACUCCGCAGCCAGCAGGUGGACAUCUCAGUGACGUCGUAGGCGACGAUCACGAUCGCCGGAAGCUCGUCCAGGACCCCAAGCAACUCCCUCAAGUGGACAGUUCCGGUCAGCGGCUCCUGCCCAAGCCAGCGAACCCAAACAACCACCUGAUCACCGAAGAUCCUCCGUCGACAACCGCGCAGAAUGAAGUUACUGCCGACGUCAUCGACCAGCAUCGGGAACUGCCCUUCAUCUGCUCGACAUUGUAUGCCGCCCCAAAGGAUCUCGGUCGGCACAAGCAGAUAAACAUCAUCCCGAUGGACUACACGAGUUGGCAAUUUUUAUCAUCACCGAGCAAGGUCGUAGCCAGCGCGCAUGGCUCCCUUCAGCUGCACAUCGGCACCAGAGGACUGCGGCCGAAAGAAGCCCGCGCGAUGGACGGCCGUUUCGUGACAUUCUGCGCGGAGCAGGCGCAGCCCGACAGUGAAGCAAUUCCGGAAUCCUCCUCCGUCGUGGUCGUCACGGAAGAGGACGAUUCUGGCGAGCCGCAAGUCGCGCCGACGGCUGGUGGUCCACCGAAAAUUGUUUACCUGGACCGGGUUUGUCGGACGUGUUUGGUCGAGAAGGAAAAGGAUGACCUGAAGGAUCUGUUUGAAUUUGGGCUGGCGGAAACCGUCAUGUCCUGUGUGGGUCGGGUCAUUUCGGUUGAGGAAUCGGACGGGUUGCCGGGUCACAUAUGUAUGGAGUGUCUGCAGGAGGUGGAACGGAUCAUUAGCUUCCGGCAGCAGUGCGAGCGGUCGGACGGCACGAUCCGGGACUUGAUCGAGAAAUCCGUUGUGAUCAACCAAGACAGUGAGACCAAGUACGAGGUGCUGAAUGUGGUGCUGACCGAUGCCAACGGGAACACGGAAACGUCGGCCGUGGUCGUUCCGAUUGAGGAGCUGCGUUUUCAGCUGAUGAACGGCGGCGGGGGAGGAAGGUGUUCCGAGGAGAUUGUGGAGACGGAAUCGACGACCAGCGAAAACGUCGAGCUGAGCUUCGUGGCUCCGUCGGACAUACUUGUAACGGAGGAGAUCAUCGUCCAAUCCCAACCGGAAGAGGACGCUCCGAUCGGCGAACUGAUUGUCGAAGAAACGCCUUCGGAGCACGAGCAGCAGCAGGAAUCGACUGUUCUGGAAAACCUACGUCAAGAACUGUCAGAAUUCAUCGGCGGAACGAGCGCGGAGAUUCCCAAAGAUCAACAAGACCUGGACGAAAACGGCGACGACGAAUUACCUUACGAUUACCUUAAAGAUGCCCUCACGGACGAGUACAUUCAGUCGAUGGAACAGCAGCUGGCCCCGUCGGCACCUCCGCGGUCGGAAAAUCCCGCCCAGGAUCGCUUGGAGCAGGCCAACCUGGACAGUCUGAUCAACGAUGAGGCACAGCAGCUUCGAGAGUCGGAUCGGUCCGGUGACGGUGAUAGCAUUGCGAGCGAGAAGGACCAUGGCACCAGUAAGCACCACCACUGCGACGUUUGUAACGUGGGCUUCGAAAAUCGGCGCAAGUUCCGGGUGCACAUGAAGAAGAAACAUUCCGAGAAACAGCACGCGUGCAGCUACUGCUCGCGCCGGUUCGCCGAGCAGAAGGAGCUGCGGAGCCACGUGCUGCGGCACACCGGCGAAAAGGCCCACGCCUGCGAGAUAUGCAACGCGCGCUUCUACGAGCGCAACAUGCUGAACGUGCACAUGCGGCGGCACGACGGUGAAAAGCCGUACUGCUGCGAGUUGUGCCCAAAGCAGUUCGGGACCAAAAGUCUGCUCAACACCCACCUCAAGUGUCACCUCAAGUCAAAAGACCACGUCUGCGACGUGUGCGAAAAGGGCUUUACGCUCAGCUGGCAGCUAACGGCCCACAAGCGCAUUCACACGAACGAAAAGCCGUACGAGUGUCCGUACUGCCUGAGGCGGUUCAACCAGAACGGGAAUCUAGUGAUUCACAAGCGAAUCCACACGGGCGAGCGGCCUUUCCAGUGUGAACUGUGCGAAAAGGCCUAUCCGAGCCAGGGAGAGUUGAGGAACCACAUGCGGCAACACACGGGCGAGAAAAAGGUCAAAAACGUAACGUGCACCGUAUGUCAGAAGAGUUAUGCCGGAAAUGGGGACCUCAAGAUCCACAUGCGAACCCACACCAAGGAGAGGCCUUACGGCUGUCAGGAGUGCGGGAAGACGUUCAUGCUGCAGGUCCACCUGACGGUGCACAUGAGAGCCCACACGGGUGAAAAGCCCUAUGGGUGCGAGCUGUGUCAAAAAGCAUUUACCACAAACUACCAGCUGAAGCACCACAUGCAAGUGCACACGGGCGAGAAGAUCUACGGCUGCGAUUUAUGCGACCGGCGGUUCAGCAGCGCUGCCAACCGGAACACCCACCGCAAGACGCACGAACGGACAAUUUCCUGACAAAAGUACGUGUUUGUAGGUUAGGGUGCUUUUUGCUUCUUUUUUUAUUCGUUUUUUAUUCUGAAUAUCGUGGCUAAAUUAUUCACCAAAAUUAUUGCAAGCGAUUGCUUCCGUAAAUCUCUUUCCACCAAUCAGCAAUUUAACGGUCAAUUUGAAUGAUCUGAAACUCACCACGACCCAUUUUAAUUCACCACAACUCAUUCACACGCGUUUGACAGUUGGCACAGUAUCACACGUUUUAUGUGGUGCGUGUGUUCACAACUAGAUGACUCUAGUUAAAAGUGCUUGAUGACGUUCUGAUAAAAUUGUUCAAUAAUUUGUUUAUAUUUGUCUGUGAUUUAUUUUACUUUUAGAUUUUUUAAAUUAAAUUAAAAAAACAAUUGUUAAGGUUUUUUUUUUCAUUUUAGAACAUUUUACCUUAAAAUUCUUUUAAAAAAAUAUUUAUCGCCGCUCUAAAAAUUUAGAAACGAUCGCUUACAAAAAAAAAUGUCAUAAAUUGAAAUACUUAAAUAAUAAAUCCACCAAAUAAAUCGUAUCCUUACCAGUAGUACAACGCCAAUAAAAAAGUGUGGCAUUCGCAGCAGGACGUGUUGUUUCAGUGUAAAAUCCAGCAAUAUUCAUAACAGUAUAUCUUAAAAAAUAACAAUUAUAGCUAAAUGGCUGUUACCAAUGUUCUAGCAGUAGUGAAGCAUCGAUGUGAUUAGGGUAACUCCGGGUCGAGCGGUUUCGAGAGUCUUGUUUUAUUUUUAUUUAGUUUUUAAGUGGCUCAAAUAUUUAAGUCUGUUUUUUUGCCAUUGUUUAGAUCCCGCGAAUUCCGGAGUUCCUUAAGCAAGUUCUUAUGAUUAUCUCUCUUAAACGCAAAAGUUCAAAUUUAUUCAUACAACUAUGUAUUAGCUAAAUGGCUUAUUCAAUCUAUCGUGCAAAACAAAGUAGUGUUUACAGUGGUCUUUACUGAAUACAUAAUAUUAAAAUAAA